AUGGCGUUUUAUAAAGAAUAUACGCAAGAAUUAGACACUGCUGCUCAAGAACUUGCUUCCCCUGUGUAUCAAGAAGCAUUUGAAGCUGCCACCAAAGCACAAUUUGCUAGAGUUCCAUUUGAACAUAUUGUGAUACUUACGAGACAUCCAAAUAAAAUUGCCUGGUAUGCAGGCGAUCAAAGACAAAGAAUAAUUGAACGAAUUCGACAAGCUCAGCUGAAAUGGUUUAAUAAUUGGAUUCAUCAAUAUGGCACCGGUCAAUCGUUCACAAUAGAAAAUGAGGACGUUUUUGAUACACUGACAUUACAUUUACUUAAUAUAUUGUUUCGAUUAGAUCACGGUGACGUGAUCACUACGAAGAAUAUACGUGAAGAGUUUGAACAAAUAGCUAAGACUAUUAAGCAUUGUCUCAUUACAAUUAAAGCAGCGAAUCCAAUGAAACUCAAUAAAACAACAUUGCUUUGUGUUCGAGAACUUCUCCAAGUUCUUUUCUAUUUCACAUUGGAUAAUGAUCUGGUUAUUUAUCUUAAAAGUCUUGGAUUAAUUGAUCUUAUAAACACUAUCAUGCAAUUAUCAGACAAUCACAAAGAAAUUCUCUUACAUGCGUACCGAAUCUUGGCCGUAUUAAUGUCAGAAGCAGAUAUCAAACAACUACAGAACGCAGAAAGAAUCGCUUCGGUAUUUAUAGAAUUUAUUCAGAGUACUAUCGAUGGUGGCGAUCGAAUGAAAGAACGUCUUCACAACAAUCUGCGUAGUCUUAAUGUUCUGACACAGCAUGAUGUUAUUCGCGAUGAGCUAAUUAAACAAAAUGGUCAACGUUAUUUUCUUCGUUGUGCACUUGAAAAACAAUUUGAUCCAGUCAAAGCAAAGUUACCUUCACUUCAAAUUCUUCUUGCACUUUCGUUCAAUGAUGAGUUUGCAACAUCGCUAAAGAACAACACAACUUUUAUGGAACAUGUUCUUGAAUUGAAAACAUCAUCCGAUGAAAAUUUACAACGGAUUGCUACUGCAUUAAUUUGGCAAUUAGAAACAAGGCCCGAGACGAAAGAUGAGCACAAGGAAAUGGAUCAUCAAUCACCAAAAUCGAACAAGAAACAAUACGAUAUUAUGAUUAGUUAUUCGCAUAGUGAUAAUAAGUUGUGCCAGCAAAUCUUAGAGCGUUUGGAACAAGAAAAGUUCAACGUUUGGAUUGAUUUUCAAAAGGUGCAUGGGAAUCUCACUGAGACUAUUGCUGAAGCGAUUGAAAAUUCUGACAUUGUGCUUAUCUGCAUGUCUGAUGCUUACAAGCAAAGUCCUGUUUGCAAACAAGAAGCUAACUAUGCUGCUAAGCGUGGUUGUCACAUUAUUCCUUUAGUGAUGACACCUAAGUAUAAAGCGGAUGGAUGGCUUGGAUUAAUAACUUCCGAUCGAUUGUAUGUCGAUUUCAAGAAGAUGACCUUUGAUGAUGCAUUUAAACAGUUAAAAGAUCAAAUUCAACGUAAUCGAACAAAUGCCGCACAAACACCAGUAAUCAAUCAAAAACUACCUGAGAAUGAUCAUCUUUUAUCGACUAGUGUCGCCCCACAGCCAGUCGAAAUACACGUUGUUUUAGAGUAUCCACAUUGUAUUGAUAUGUGGACUGAAGAACAUGUGAAAUCUUUUCUUGUUGUCAAGAAGAUCCCGAGUCUUUUGGGAGCAUUCCAAGGGAUGAACGGUCGUCUACUGCACAGACUCUAUGAUAUGUGUCAAUCAAAUCAGCAGGCGAUGUUUGUAUCACUUAAAGAAGAUGUUGCUCAGUCCUCAAAUGCACCGUCGUUGUUGACUCUGAAAGAUUAUCUUACCUUUUUGGAAGAGAUCAAAGCUUAUAUCCCAUACAAAUCCGGCGCUGGCGCUCAAAUAAAUCCGACGUCCGCUGUCUGCAGUCUUAUGUGA